GAUAGGAAAAUAAUGGAUUGGAGCAUGAAUCCAAACCACGGAUUAGUAAGAUUUAAGAGAGAAGGGGUGACAUGGAAGUCCUUUACACUCGAGAAAUUAAAAAGACUGAGAGAAGUCCUAAACGCGGAAAUGGCGCAAUAAAGUUUGAUUGACUUUACCUCACACACACAAACAGAAACUCUCUUCCCUUCCAUGGAGAUGAUAGCGAAAGCAACGACCAAGUUAAUACUAUAUCCCCACUUUCUUUCUCCCCAACCUUUAACCCACAAAACCUUUUUCCUCCAAAUCCCCACCAUCUUCUUCCUCGAAAUUUCUUCUACAUUUCCACAUCUCUUUCAAUCCCCAAACUUUCUCAUUCCUCUUCCUUUCAUGACCAACAAUCAACCUCCCACUCCCUUUUCCUCUCCAUUUCCCCAUCCACGCCAUGCCCUGCCAAUCUAACUGUGCUCCCAUCACCCCUUCUCAUUUUCAAGUUUGUACUUUACUCUGUUCUCCUAAAUGUUCCAGUAUCUGUUUUCAACUCCCUAAAGCUCCUAUUGUUGAUUUGCCUCGCCCACCGCCGCCGCCGCCUCUCCCUCUCCCUCAGCUUCCGUCUUCCAUCGUUCCUCCCCAAAACCAUACCCCAGAAAGGUCCACUCUACUUCUUCUCAGUUUGAUCACUACAGCCACUCUGGUCGCCGCCAUCUUCUUGCUUUGUCUUCUUUUCAAGAAAUUUAGGGAGUAUCGUAAUUCAAGACAUAAUCGUCUCCCGGUUCUGUUCGAUGUUCAAGCUGAGAAUCUACCCGAUAACGAUGAAGAAGAACCCGUUAUCGACCACCACGUUUGGUACAUCAACACCGUUGGUCUUCAGCAAUCGGCUAUCGAUUCAAUCACCAUGUUCAAGUACAGGAAGGAUGAGAAAUUAAUCGAUGGUUCAGACUGCUCCAUAUGUCUUGGCGAGUUUCAAGACGAUGAGAGCCUUCGACUGUUACCCAAAUGCAGCCAUGCCUUUCAUGUUCCCUGCAUCGAUACGUGGUUGAGAUCGCACAAAAACUGUCCCCUCUGUCGCGCUCCGGUGCUGUCCGAUCCCGCCACCCCAAGUUUAGCCCCCAUCGAACCGAUUACAAACCAACCAGCGCCGAUCGAAAACAUCCAAAGGGAAACAGAGGCCAUCGAGGAAGAAAACAGAGAAGAUGAAAAUAGUGGAGAAGUAGGUAGCAAUAGUGGAGAAAAUUCUGUAAUUCCCAUUAAAAGGCUGUCUCGAACUUUAAGCAAUUUGACUGAAAAUCAAAAUCGCGAGGCUGUUGAAGACGAAGGACAGGGAAUAAGAAGGUCGGUUUCUAUGGAUUCAGUUUCAGCAAUGGCGAUUUAUCAAGCUACGGCCAAAAUACAAAUUCCAGAAGAAGGGUGUUCUUCAAGUGGAACGUUAAUGGAAGUGAAGAAUUCAGUUUCUUCCAGAAAUCUUCCAUUUCCAAAGGGGGGAAUUGGAAAUCAGAGCUUGUAUAAUCUGGUGAAGGGCAUUUCAUUUGGGUGUUCUAUGCAGAAAGGGGGGAUUUCAAUGAAAAGAUUCAGUUCAGGAAGAAGGAAGUUACAAUGGGCCAGGCAUUACAGAAGCCAGAGCUCGGUCCUUCCGAUGUGAGAGAUGAAGAAAUCUUAAUAAUGGCUGCGAAAAUCAAAAUCUUCUCUCUAAAGUUUCAAGAAGGUUCCCUGUUUCUGUCGCAUGUGUAAUAAGAAUCAUAAGAUGAUGAAGCUGCAGGAAACUCUGAAGCCUGAUGAUUUCGAGUGAAUUAUGGAUAGAUAAUUGAAGUUGGGUGUUACUGUUAAUUAGUAGAAAGAAAAAAAGAAAAAACAACAAAUUUUGGCUAUACGUCCCUGCACAUUAUUGUACUUGUAAUUUAUUCAAUAAGAUUAAGAUUAACUAUGAGUAUAUAUGAUGAACUGGUCUACUUUGAUGUCAAAUAAA